GAGUCGCCCCCAAUACGCGUCAGUCGGCAUGGGUCUCAGGCUGGUACUGGACGUGGUCUUCUGUGGCUACUUCGGUUUCCACAUCCCCACCACCGUGUUGUUCAACUCACAGGCGCUGUUCCCGCCCUGGGUCUACCCGCAGUGGUUGAAAAAUAUGUGGGUUUCCUACCUCGAAGAUUUCCGUGAUCCCUUCUUGGCGGACCCGAGUUCUUUCCCUUGGUUUAUGGCCACGUGUGCGGUUGAGUUCUCCCUAGAAUUACCCUUUUUCUUCAUUGCAGCAUAUGCGUAUUUCUAUGGUGUGCGGCGUUGCCCCUGGAUACGGCUACCGUCGUUGAUGUACAGCGUCCACACUGCAACGUCUGUCCUCGCCAUCAUCUUCACCACGUGGCUGCACGACUUUACCUUGUACAAGGUGGCGGGGCCACGUGACGUCACGGAGAGGAUGCGGCUGAUCUGCGUGUACGGCUUCUUCUUCGUGGUGUGCGUCCUCAACAUCCUCGACACGUGCUUCAGCUCAGCGUACAACAGAGACAAGGAGAAGACCAACUGAGGCAGUGGCUGGAAACACCAGCAUCAGUUGGAGGUAGUCAUCGAGUGGUCAGUUUAGAGUUUCAAGGGGAAGAAGAUAAUGGCUUCUCUGUGCUGUUGAUGUAAGGAACUGUGAACCAGUCUGAUGGAAUGGGCGUGGUCAUAUCUCUACGACUAUUACAAAUGUCACGGAGUGUUUGCUUGAUGUACAGUGAGAUGUACCACAGUGUCAUCUUGAUGUCUCGUGAGAUAUGUUACAGUGUCAGCUUGAUUUAUAGUGAGAUAUGUCACAGUGUCAGCUUGAUGUCUCGUGAGAUAUGUCACAGUGUCAGCUUGAUGUAUAGUGAGAUAUAUCACAGUGUCAGCUCGAUGUAUAGUGAGA